GUUCUUGAGUUGCUUUUUGGGGGGAAGCUGUAUUCCUUAGAGAUGUGUUUAUUCUGUUCAUAAUUUUGUUUUCAGUUCUUACAUUAAACUUUUCCAUUUCAGUUUAUAAUUCCUUUCUUCUGUUUUACGAAUCUAAUAAAUUGACCUCCAUUCUAACCUAAAGGACAGUUUAUAUUUUUAAUACUUAAAGAAGCAAAAAAAAAAAAAAAUCCACCAAAUGAAAUUACUAACACCAUCCUAUCAUUAACCUGAGAGAAUUGUGUCUCGUAUUCAUUAAUUCUCCAUGGAAAAAUCAGCUGUGUGCCAGCCACAGUGCAAACAUGGUGAAUGUGUCGGGCCAAACAAGUGCAAGUGUCAUCCUGGAUAUGCCGGGAAGACCUGCAAUCAAGACGAACACCUCUACCCAACUCCUCUUGACCAAGGCAGUGAGCAGCCUCUUUUACAGCCCCCGGAUCAUCAAGCCACAAGUUUGCCUUCGAGGGACCUAAACGAGUGUGGCCUGAAGCCGCGGCCCUGCAAGCACAGGUGCAUGAACACUUACGGCAGCUACAAGUGCUACUGUCUCAACGGAUACAUGCUCAUGCCGGACGGGUCCUGCUCAAGUGCCCUGACGUGCUCCACGGCAAACUGUCAGUACGGCUGUGAUGUCGUCAAAGGUCAAAUCCGGUGCAGGUGCCCGUCUCCUGGCCUGCAGCUGGCUCCUGACGGGAGGACCUGUGUGGACAUUGAUGAAUGUGCUACUGGAAGAGCCUCCUGCCCCAGAUACAGGCAGUGUGUGAACACUUUUGGGAGUUACAUCUGCAAAUGUCAUAAAGGCUUCGACCUCAUGUACAUAGGAGGCAAAUACCAAUGUCACGAUAUAGAUGAAUGCUCCCUUGGGCAGUACCAGUGCAGCAGCUUUGCGCGAUGUUACAACAUACACGGGUCCUACAAGUGUAAAUGUAAAGAUGGAUACCAGGGCGAUGGACUGAAUUGUGUGUAUAUUCCAAGAGUAAUGAUUGAACCUUCAGGUCCUAUUCAUGUACCAAAGGGAAAUGGUACCAUCUCAAAGGGCGAUGGAGGACACAGUAAUUGGAUUCCUGACGUCAGAAGCACUAGGUGGCCUCUGAAGACACCGUACAUGCCUCCUGUCAUUACCGACAGGCCCGCUUCUAAGCCAACAGCAAGGCCUACACCAAGGCCAAUGCCAGAGCCUACACCCCCUCCACCCCCACCCCCCAAGCUCAGAACACCUCCGCCAGCAACAGCCCCAGAGAGACCGGCCACCAGACUGACAACUGUGCCACCAGUUGCCACCACCGCGCCCAGAGAGAUUACGGUUGACAACAGGAUACAGACGGAUCCUCAGAAACCGCGAGGAGAUGUGUUCAUUCCACGGCAGCCUUCAAAUGACUUGUUUGAAAUAUUUGAAAUUGAAAGAGGAGUCAGUGCAGAUGACGAAGCAAAGGAUGAUCCAGGUGUUCUGAUCCACAGUUGUAAUUUUGACCAUGGGCUUUGUGGAUGGAUCCGGGAAAAAGACAGUGACGUGCACUGGGAACCAGUGAGGGAUCCAGCAGGUGGACGGUAUCUGGCAGUCUCAGCAGCCAAAGGCCCGCUGGGAAGGGCCGCCCGCCUGCAGCUCCCUCUCGGCCGCCUCCUGCAUGCAGGGGACCUGUGCCUGUCGUUCAGGCACAAGGUGACGGGGCUGCACUCCGGCACGCUCCAGGUGUUUGUGAGGAAACACGGUGCCCACGGAGCAGCCCUGUGGGGAAGAAAUGGUGGUCAUGGCUGGAGGCAAACGCACAUCACCCUGCGAGGGGCCGACGUCAAGAGCGUCAUCUUCAAAGGUGAAAAAAGGCAUGGUCACACUGGGGAGAUUGGAUUGGAUGAUGUGAGCUUGAAAAAAGGCCACUGCCCUGAAGAACGAAUCACAAAGAUGAUUAAAGGGUUGGAAAAAAAGAUCUAUGAUGAAAAGUUAAAGGAGCUGGGAUUAUUCAGCAUGGAGAAGAGAAGACUGAGGGGCAAACCAUGGCUGGUUUUCAAGUAUAUAAAGGGUUGGUACAGAGAGGAUGGUGACCAGCUGCUCUCCACAUGCACUAAGAAUAGAACAAGAGGAAACAGGCUUAGACUGGAGUGUGAGGGAGCGUUUCCUGGCAGGGACAGUUGUUAAAUUAGAAUCUUUUGUUUUUAAAAGUGUGUGAAUUUUUUUGAGACUUAAAAAAAAUUUGAUAACAUUCUUUUCUAUUAAUUUAAGAUGGUUUAAAGUGUUCUUACCUCAAGGUAGAGUAACGGAUUACAGGAUCUCUCCAAAGAUAUCUUGAUUGUAUUACUAUGUAAUGAAAAUUUCCAGGCCUAAGUAACAUGGACUAGGCUACGGUGUAACUGAGCUAUUUCCCUCUUGGCCUCUGAAUAGAGAGGAAUCAAAGGGGGAAAGCCACAGCGCUGAGCUCAUGAAAAGGUCUCUCUCUUUAUGGCAAGCCUAGAAGUGUUACGAAAACAAAAAAGAAAAAAUGUAAAAUCUAUUUAUUCCAAAAGAGUGAUGGGCAGAUAUUUUAGUAUCUCAAUGACAUCCUAAUGUGGUGGUGUGCAUUUUUUUUCUUAGUAAAGUUAUAACCCUUUUACUUGCUUAAUGGAUGAUAUUUCAAAUUUUUAAAGAGACUAUAGCUAAGAACAUAGCUGAGAGAGAUUUUUAUCUGGUGCGAUCUCCCUGCAAUGUGUGUGACAACUUCACCUGGCUACUGAGAAAGUGUGCCAUGCCCAACACCACUGCCAGGACCUUUCCUUCACCUAAUAGCAUAAGUGUCUCUUACCAUUUGGAAUCUCCAAGCCCCACACAAUGGUAUUGUUUUUGGAACAAUAGGACUAUAGAAUCUUUCAUCAUUUAACUUGGUGGAGGCAAGGCUGGAGGGGGAAUAUAAAUCAGUAAGCCUUUGAGUUUGGGGCCAGGAAAUACAGCUUUAGAUCCAUUUUUAAUGAUUCAUUUCCUUUUUGGUCAUAUAACUGCACAACUGGAGAUGAAAGGAGAAAAUAGAAAAUUUCACUUUUAGGUGCCAAUAAUACAUUGCACUACACUGAUGGAAGAAGUUAUCCAAAGUACUGUAUAACAUCUUGUUUAUUAUUUAAUGUUUUCUAAAAGUGAAAAAUGUUAGUGGUUUUCCAAACAGCCAAAUAAAAAUAAUUCUUUGUAAAUAAAAACACUGUUAAUAAUA